AUGGAGAGGCUGUUAUACGAAAAGAACGCAGAUACCGCGGAAUUGAUACAAUCGGCAAAGCGCAUGGUCAGAAAUUUAGCGGUUGAAGCUGACACCAAGUUCAGAAGGCAUGGGUUCAAACUGGAAUUUUACCCGGUUCAUGAACUAUGCCAAACAAUGUUUGACGAGCUAUUCGGCUUACUGAAAGAAAACAUGCAGCUUUUGUACGAAAACUCUUCGUGGAACUGGGUUGAAUCUGCGAAGAGGAUGGAAAUGCGAGAAGACGAGGCACUGUACUUGGUGGUUUUCAACGACGAACGUUUAGUCGGCUUUACUCACUUCAGGUUUGACGAAGACUACGGGGACGCAGUGCUCUACUGCUAUGAGAUCCAGGUCUGCCGCUGUUGGCAGCGACGCGGCAUCGGUCGCAUGUUAAUGGAAGUCCUCUUGCGGAUGGCGACACACUGUCAUGUGACGAAAGUGGUUUCGACUGUGUUUAAAAGCAACAUUCAAAGCCGCCAGUUUUUUCGUAGCAUGAAUUUCGCUGUGGACUCUACCUCUCCGGAAAGUGAGGAUGUCGAUUACAUUAUUUUGAGUAGAAAUCUUUGA